AUGUCUAUGGUAUGUUUUACUUUGGAUCAGGAGUGCACUUUUGAAGUGGAUCUUUCUGACAGCCUCACUUACUGUGCUUUGGUUCUCAAUGCAGAGAGGUCUCGCCAUGCACAAACCAGAUUCCCGUCAGACGAAACUAAACCAGCAGACAUGUUCCAGGAGCAUGCCCAGCACUCUUCAACUGCUAGUGGGCAUUUGUCUCCGCGCGCCUCGCCCCUCCCACCCGCCGAAGUUAAGCAGGGCCCGCGCCGGCCGCCGCGGGGCUGGGCGGCCUCCCCGCCGCUCUGCCCGGCAGCCCCCCCGCCACAUGGCGCGGGAGGAGCCGCCCGGCAGCGGGCGCAGGCGCCGCAGCGCUCGCCUCAGCGCCAUGGCCUGCGGGGGCCGGCGGCGUUCCUCGGCGCUGUUGCUUGCCUUUGCUUCCUGGCCCCGGCGGCUGAGGGCUUCAAGAAGAGGGGACCCAGCGUGACAGCCAAGGUGUUCUUUGAUGUGAAGAUUGGAGACAAAGAUGUUGGCAGAAUUGUAAUUGGAUUGUUUGGAAAAGUUGUCCCAAAGACUGUGGAGAACUUCAUUGCGCUGGCAACUGGAGAAAGAGGAUAUGGAUACAAAGGAAGUAAAUUUCAUCGUGUGAUUAAAGACUUCAUGAUUCAAGGAGGAGACUUUACAGCUGGAGAUGGCUCAGGAGGAAGAAGCAUCUAUGGAGAAAGGUUUCCAGAUGAGAACUUCAAGCUCAAACACUAUGGAAUUGGAUGGGUUAGCAUGGCUAAUUCUGGCCCAGACACCAACGGAUCCCAGUUCUUCAUCAGUGUAACAAAGCCUUCCUGGUUAGAUGGAAAACAUGUAGUAUUUGGCAAAGUCCUCGAUGGAAUGUCUGUGGUGCACUCAAUAGAACUCCAGCAGACAGAUGAACAUGACCGGCCUCUUCAAGACUGUGUGAUUGUGAACAGUGGCAAAAUAGCUGUAAAAGAACCAUUUGUAGUUGAAGUAGGUGACUGGUGAGACCAACAGUCAGAAUAGAAAGUAAAACUACAUGACUUUUCUUAAAGGCCUAUUUUUGAUGGAUCUCAACUAUCCGUUUUCUUCUCAAAACAUAUGAGGCUAUAUUUAGACAAUACUUAUCAUUUGCUAAAUACAUAAAGGAUAUGACCACUUCUAUAACAACUUGAUGGAGCUGUCACUCCUUGAAAUUCAGGACAUAUCCCACUAAAUCCUAGAUCUUGCAGAAAGUCUUUCGUGAAAAAUUUUAGAAGUACUUCUAUUUUUUCAAGGUUUGAAAUACAGUCAUUUUGUUCGCUUUGGAAAUUUUUGCAAUAUUUGUUUCUGCUUUUUCAACUGAAAAUAUUAUUUUCCUGUAACAGUAUCAGCAUUUUUAAAAACGAAAAAAAAAAGUAAAAUACAGAAGUGUUUUGAAUAAACUUUGAU